AUGCUAUUAAUAAUCGUAUAUUAUUUAUUACUUGCGAGUGUUUCAGCAAUAAAAUCAAAUAAAAAACCUAUUAAACCUUCUGAAGACAAUUUUUAUAAUGCUCCUAAGGGUUUCAAAUCAGCAGAACCUGGUACCAUUUUAAAAAAGAGACAUGUUCCAAAUAAAUUGACUAAUAUCUUCACUCCAAUUAAAGUUAAAGAUGCAUGGCAAAUUAUGGUUAGAUCAGAAAAUUCAUUUAAUGAACCUAAUGUUAUUGUUGCUACAAUUAUUAAACCAUUUAAUGCUGACCCUAAAAAAUUAGUAAGUUAUCAAACAUUUGAAGAUUCAAUCUCUCCUGAUUGUGCUCCUUCAUAUGCAAUUCAAUUUAAAUCUAAUAUAAAAACUUUUACAACUCAAUUUGAAAUGUUUAAUAUUAACAUUUUAUUAAAACAAGGUUAUUAUGUUGUUAUACCAGAUUAUCAAGGUCCAGAUGCUUCAUAUACCGCUGGUAAACAAUCUGGUUAUGCUGUUUUAAAUUCUAUAAUUGCAACAUUAGAUUCUGGUAAAUUUACAGGUAUAAAUCCAAAAGCAAGGACAAUUAUGUGGGGUUAUUCUGGUGGUUCAUUAGCCAGUGGAUGGGCAGCUAUGUUACAACCUUAA